ACAUUAAUUACUGUAUUCACUCAAUUUUGGAAUAGACUUUUAGAGAAGCAGGAAGCCAGAAAUCACUACCAUCGUCAAAGCACAAUUCAAACCAAAUUCCUACAUUACUUACUCCAUUAAAAUUACCUCGAAAAUACCAUUAAUUUUCAAAUUGAAUCACCAAAUCCUUAUUCCCAUCAUCGUCACCAACCACCCCACCAUCAGAGAGAGAGAGAGAGAGCGAGUGGCUCUUCUUGGCCAUCUUCACAUUAAUCCCACCCACACACACACACACACACUCACGGUCCUCACCUCAAAUCAUACGCAUUCUUUCUGAAGCUCGUGGGCCUGUUGCAGAAGCAUUUCUUCACAAAACCCACCAAAUCCUCGUCACAUGCAAGGCUUCGAGCUCAAUGCAUUAAAAAAGACUCGAUUUUUAUUGAGCUUCUUCCUCGCAAGCAUAUAAAGAUUGAAUUUUUAUGCAAUAAUGCAAAGCUUGAAUGCUCUUUUCAACCUCUUUUACUUGUCCACAUUCUGCAUUUGUCUCUCAUCUUCACUCAACUCAGAUGGGCUCUCACUCUUAGCUCUAAAAGCCGCCAUUAUCAAAGAUCCAAACAGAGCUCUCAUUUCUUGGUCGGAGCUCGACGCAACCCCGUGCAGGUGGGCCGGGAUCGCCUGCGAUCGCGCCCACCGCCGCGUGAUCUCCGUUUCACUCUCGAGCAAGAAUCUGACGGGAUACAUUCCGUCGGAAAUCGGCGCGCUCUCAUUUCUCGCCUUUCUUGAUCUCUCCCACAACUUUUUCAGUGGAACCCUGCCGCAGCAGAUCGGCACUCUCCAAAACCUCGUCCAUUUUGAUAUCUCUUCCAACAAUUUCAACGGCUCGCUUCUCGAAGGGCUGAGCAAUCUAACCCAUUUGCAAGGGACUUUGAAUCUUUCGUAUAAUGCUUUUUCCGGCGAGAUUCCGUUGAGUUUUGGGCAGUUUCCGGUGAUGGUCAGCCUUGACCUCCGGUGUAAUAACCUCACCGGAAAAAUACCUCAGGUAGGGUCGCUGUUGAACCAGGGCCCCACCGCGUUUGCAGGGAAUCUUUAUCUCUGUGGGUUCCCAUUGAGCACUCCAUGUACAGUGCCAGAAGCUCAAAAUCCGAGAUUUUUGGAAAACCCUCAAAAACCUGAGGGUAAUGCCGGCGGUGGGCUGGUGGAGGGAAGAAAGAUCAACGGCGGGUCGGUGACGAUUUCGGUGAUUUCCGGCGUUUCUGUGGUGGUUGGAGUGGUGGCUGUUUCAGUGUGGGUGAUUAGGAAGAGAUGGAAGGUGGAGCAGAAGUUGGGGAAGGAGUGUGUGGGAGUGGGGGUGGGGGUGGGGGUGGAAUUUGGGGGUGAGGAGGGGAAGAAGGGCAAAUUUGUUGUGAUUGAUCAAGGGUUUGGGUUGGAAUUGGAGGAUUUAUUGAGGGCUUCAGCUUAUGUUCUUGGGAAAAGCAGGAGUGGGAUAGUUUAUAGGGUGGUGGCUGGUGGUCGGAAGGGGGCGGGGGCGGGGGCUGCUCCGGUGGUGGUGGCGGUGAGGCGGCUGAGUGAGGGGGACGUGGCAUGGAGGUUGAAGGAGUUCGAGGCGGAGGUGGAGGCCAUUGGGAAAGUGAGGCACCCCAACAUUGUGAGGCUGAGGGCUUACUACUAUGCCAGUGAUGAGAAGUUGCUCAUUUCGGAUUUCAUCAGCAAUGGAAGCUUGUACAAUGCAUUGCAUGGCGGAGUGGGGAACUCGGCGCCUCCGCUGUACUGGGCUGCAAGGCUCAGGAUCAUUCAAGAAACUGCAAGGGGUCUGAUGCACAUUCAUGAGUGCAGCCCUAGAAAGUAUGUCCACGGAAGCCUCAAAUCGUCGAAGAUCCUCCUCGACGACGACCUAAAGCCGUACAUCUCCGGCUUCGGCCAGUCCCGUCUCGUCCCGGCCCUCUCGAAGUCGGCGGGCACCACUUGCCGGAAGCCUAACCUGGUAACUCCCAAAACUCCAGCCUCAACAAACAUCAUGUGCGUGGCCCCAGAAGCUCGGGGCGUGGGGGUCAAAGUCAACCAAAAGUGCGAUGUCUACGCGUUCGGGAUCUUGGUCAUGGAGAUCCUGACGGGCCGAGCCCCCAACAAUGAUGGAGAGGAGGGGCUCGAGAGCCGGGUGAGAAGGGUUUUCCGGGAAGAGAGGCCGUUGUCGGAGAUCAUAGACCCUGCGCUCUUGCAUGAGGCUCGUGCCAAGAAGCAGGUUGUUGCUGCAUUUCACGUUUCCCUAAACUGUACGGAGCGCGAUCCAGAGCUCCGGCCCAAGAUGAGGACGGUUUCUGACAACCUAGAUCGGAUCAAGUUGCAGUGAUGUUGUAAAGAUAUGUUUGUCUUGGUAGGAUCUAUGAUUAAUUUCUAAUGUUGUGAGGAUAUGAAUAUUUUCCCCAAUCUCUGCAUGUAUAAAUGUUAGUAGCGUCAGUUUAGCGCAUGGUAGUAUUAAUUUGUUCAUGAAAAUGUCAUUUUCUGAAUCAUGGAACUAUAUAUAAAGCUAUGGUAAAAUAAGGAAAAUGGCUGCAGUUUUGGAGUUUGCAAGUACAAAA